AGAUGACAGCACCUUAGCCCGUCAUACCACGUGAGAUAAACGUGACCAGUACGUGCGGCCGGAUGUUUGGAUAAAUUGCAUGUCUAAAUUACGAAGUCACGAUGCUCAAGACUUGUUGCAUCUGCGAAAAAGAUAAUUCACCUUACAAAUGUCCCAUCUGCAAGAAACCUUACUGCUCCAUAGCAUGUUGCAAGCAGCACAAGACUCAGCCCUGCGAGCCUCCCGAGUUACCUGAGAAGCCUGAAGAAGAGCAUCAAGAGAAUCACGUGAAGUACGAGUUUCCCAGACAAGACAUUGUGUCUGCGGAGAAGCUGCAGCAAUUGCGUCACAGUGAAGAACUGAAAUCCUGCCUCAGGAAUCCCCAUGUGCGCGAAAUGAUGAAGAGUAUUGUAAAUAGUCAAAAUAUGACCAAUGCGAUAGCAUCAGCCAUGAGAGAACCACUAUUUGUAGAGAUGGUAGAUGCCUGUCUGAAAGUCGUGGAGCCACAAAACAACCAGUUGAACCAGAUCGAGUAAUCUUUGUCAAGUAAGAUUGUGAUAUAUUCUUAGGAACGUGUAUAUUCGUUUAAUACAAUAUUUUUGUAAGUUUUCAAUUGCAUAAAACAUUGAGACGAGAGAGCUAUGCGCUGUAUUUAUACACAUAUUCUUUCUCGCGAACAAAUUAUGACAGAAUGUCAGAAAAUGGAGAGAUUUUUAUCUUGCUCGUGAAUGAAUGGUUUUAUUAGACGAGUCGAAAAGUCGUGGCAGUGUUCAGUGUAAUGUGAUGUUACAAGUGAUGUCAGAUGGUAAUGCUGUUUUUUAAAUGUUAAUAUAUAUUUCAUGUAUUUUAUUUUUAUCUUACAAAAUAUAAAAAUUUAUUG